AUGGGUACCUCAAAAUGUUUACUGUUGAUGAGGGCCCUUAUCUUGACUACCUUGGCCAUAAUAGUUGCCAUGAAUGCUGCACUCAUUGUGGCACUGGUAAUAAGGAAGGACUGCGGGUUUGCUGAGCUCAUGGGACUCCCUAACACCAUUCUUAUGCUGUUUGGUCUGCUGUCCUUUGACUUCACAAUGUAUUUGGCAUUUCAACUAUUAUGGGCUGUAAGAAGUACGGUAGAUGAUAAAAUAUGCUCACAAGUCUUGUUGGAAAGGGGUCAUGAUUACGGAGUUGGCAACAAAGAGAAUCCCUUAAUUGGUGCAACAUAUACUGAUGAUCAUGUACUUGGAGGGUUUGAAGACACCAUCAAGGCUCUGGGGACUGGGCUUGAUUCAGUUUUGAACUCUAAAUGUAAAACUAAUUUACAAGAGCAAGUCAUGGUUGUUGAUGGGCAGGAUGAAACAUUUGACACUGGAGAUAAGCCUUUGUCCAAGAUACCCCAAGAUCUUUUGGGUCAAACUGUCGGCAAAGAAGCUUCCAUUUGUAAGGCCUUACAUGUUGAGCCUACUGAAUCAUUCGCAUGCCAUGAUUCAUUUUUCCUCUCUGAACAUGAAGGUAAUGUGAGGAAUCUGAUUCUUCCCUAUGGCCAAGUUCCAAUGUCUAAGUCCCAUUCUACCAAGAAUAUGCUUGACAUGAUAAAUUAUCUUGCUACUGAAGGUUUUGCUAAUGGAGAAGUUGUAAGAAAUGAUAUUUCUGUAGCCUUGAGUCAACAAGUUGCCAAAUUGGUAUCCGUAAGAUGUAAUGAGAUAGCUGGCACUUGGAAAUUCAAUAAUGAAAAUGCUAGUAGCAUGGAUUUUGGACGAGUUCGAGAGUUUUUUUCUGCACACUUGCAAUUUGCUGACAUUCUUGAUGAGUUCUGGGGGAAUUUGUUUGACCUGCAUGGUAAAUUGACAGAAAAAGGAAAGACCAUAAGAUUGGACCUUCUUAUCGGGCUAGAUGUUGAGGACAAGAUCCAAAGUUGCCCGUGCUGUUUUGAUGGAAUGCCUGGAGGACUUUGUGAUCCUUUGAAGCCAGAAGAUUUAAGUACCGUGAGGAUACCACCUUUGUUUAGAAUCAGUAAUAGCAUAUGCCCCCAACAGGGAAAUUGUACAUUACCUGCUGUUGUGGAGCUCAGAAGGUGCAUCAUGGACUCAUUCCUCAAGGAGAAUUCUAGUCUAUUGAGGGAUGAUAAAGUGUCGUAUUUUGUUAUGGAAAAUGAUCCAGUUCAAAAUGAAGUUCCCAUAUAUGAAAAUUUUCACAGUGUUUCUCAAUAUAUUGUCUUGGUAAGUAACUCUACAUCUUACUGGGCUCCUUGUCCAUUGGAGGAGCUGAACACAAUGCCAGUUUUGGUUCAAAAAUGUCCAUCACAGCAAGUAGCUCAACAGGCACCCCAGACAAAUGUUUACUUCUCCUACAAUGAAUUGAAAGGGUUACUCUUGAACUCUUUUGUGGCUUGUAUUCAGAAUAUCUCGGAUCUUGAGAAAUCUGAUUGGCUGAUUCAGCACAGAGGUGGAUAUGACGAGAAGCUAGUAGGCUUGGCUGCUGAAAUGGUGAUAUUUGGAGAUAUAUGUCCAAGUGGGAAAUUCAAUCCUAAUGCAAUUGUUUAUUCUGAUGGUAAAAUGUUCAAUCUUUCCACCUCGGUUCUGGGUUGUGGAGAUGCAUGUAUGUGGCAACCUAGCCUCAUUAUUAGCUUUGGAGUUUGGUGCAUUUCUCGAAUUUUUGAAGUGCUGCCUUCAGUGAAGCAACCUGUGCUUUUCGGGAAGUAUAGUAGGGUUCUCAAUCGUCUUCAGGGUAUUCUGGAUACUGCAUUCUUGAACCCUGUUCAUCCUGUUUCCAUAUGUCCAUGCACCGACACUGUUCCAGAUUUGACGUUUCACGAUGGCAGCCAGCGUAUCAGUGCAGAAGCUGUGUUGAAGAAUCUGAUGGAAGUUGAGGCCGCCAUCUAUGGUCAGAAGCGUGCUGGAGUCAAAGGUAAAGGGAAGAAGAACCUGAAAUUUGUUCUGAAGCGCUAUAAACGCUGGCUAUUCAAGGCGGCAUCUAUGGCAGGGCAGAAGUAG